CUGCGAUCGUGCUGUUUGAAAGUGCUGUCUGAAAGGAAAGGAAAUCGGGACGCGGAUGGGUGCUCCCCACACGUUGACCUGCGCCCCCGCGGCCCCGACGCUGGUCCGCGCGGGGCGACGGAUUUCUUGUCUGACGAGGGCCGAGAGAGCAGAAUUCGGAGCCAGCAGCAGCGUCCGGGCUCGAUUGGGAUUGUGGAGAAGUUCGGUCGUGCACAGGGGCAGGGGCAGGGGCAGGCCGAUUGUCGGUGUAGACGGCCAAUUCAGAGCUUGGGCUGUGAACGGAUCGAGGGACGUCGAAGGAGGCGAGACUGCGGGACGCGGUGAUUGUGGGGAAGAAGAAAAAGCGGUCGCAAGGGCACGAGCAGGCGAGCGGGAGGAGGAGUUGUUGAUCGGAAACAUGGCGGAUCUUUUGAAUUUGGAGAAGCAGUUUGCUUUUUAUGGAGCCUAUCAUAGCAACAAAUUGAACGUUUUGGUCCACAUGUUUUUCGUUUGGCCGAUUUUUUUCACCAGUGGGAUCCUCUGGGCUUACACUCCAGCUAUUAUUCCGCUGCCUCUUCCCGCAGGCACGCUCCCGUUCCAGCAGUACAUGAUUUUGAAUGUGAAUUUCGUUAUUGCUGGCAUAUAUGCCCUGUACUACGCGGCCUUGGACAAGAAAGCUGGUUCUUUAGGGGCCGCCAUCUGUCUUGGUUGUUGGAUUGGUUCUCAAGCCAUCGCCGAGUCGUUGCCCUGGUCCACAGCAUGGAAGGUGGUGCUGCUGUCACAGGUGACUUGUUGGACAUUCCAGAUUUUAGGGCAUGCUGUUUUUGAGGGUCGAGCGCCUGCUUUGCUAGAUAAUCUUCCCCAAGCGUUUUUAAUGGCUCCAUUUUUUGUUUUGCUCGAGUUUUUGCAGUCAUUUUUUGGCUAUGAACCUUAUCCAGGAUUCCGCCAAGCUGUUGAGAAGAAAACUGAAGAAAACAUAGCGAUAUGGAAAGCAGAGAAAGCCGUACCUUCACAAACUACACCGCUGCUCUGUGACCGGGACGUAGAGGAUGACGUAGGCUCGGGAGCGCUGCCACCUUAAAAUUGAGAAUCUGAAGCGAUCGACUUUACUACUAGUAUGACUCUCAAUCUGCUUUUGCAUAUUAAUUACUCUUGUCUGAUGCUUGGUAAGCUGAACUGAUAUUCUGACCAUAGUUGUUGCCUGCUCGGAAUAUUGGAAUUGCAAGAUGUCAAUUUUGAUUAUCCUGAAGACAGUUACUUUCCAACUUAAUCAUGAUGAUCAGGUGUGUUUUCGGGGCUUUAUGUACGAAUUUUCUAACACCUUGGCAUUUUAGUUCAGCUCGGAGCUUUAUUUCGAGAUUGCGUCAGGGCACUUUCCCCUACAAAUACCUGGUCAUUACAACUUGUCAAUCAGGGCCAUCUACUUCGCAACUUUGACUAAUAGUAUUCAAAGAUUAGGUGUCUCAAAUAUAGAGCACAUCAGAGUGAUACUGAAGUAUAGUACCAAUGGAAAUAGUGGACUAUACUUCUCUUAGCAACUGUGAAUACCACAUCUGGCACUCCGUAUAACGAUGGAGCGUUUUAUCUUCAUGACCAUCAGAUUUUCGGAUAUCGGGACUCAGCUGUCAAACAGAGGAAUAAUCACUUUAGCCUGCGUUGCGAUUAUUGUCUUAACGUCAGUACAAGUUAAAUUGUAGGCUUCGACAGUUCCCAUGAUCACUUUCUGAGUUGAGUUCAAGUGGAGGUUUCGACCCUAGGUCGGUGAGUUCUUUAUAUACACUUGGAAUAUGUAGAUACUUGUGAACCGUCUGUGUUAUGGUAUCAUCGCACACUUCAGUAUAAUAGUUUUGACUGGAGAAACUUCCUUACAUGAAAUCCUAAUUUGAGCAAUUCAAGCUUUGCUGCAAGUGAAGCUUGCAUUCCAGGGACAUGUGGAUUAGUAUAAAGAUAUCAUAUGCUUGCGCGCAGAAUAUCGACAAGUUUGUACAA